GGGACGCGCGGCACUCCGCCAUGGACGACAAGGCCUUCACCAAGGAGCUGGACCAGUGGGUGGAGCAGCUGAAGGAGUGUAAGCAGCUGAAGGAGAACCAAGUGCGGACGCUCUGCGAGAAGGCUAAGGAAAUUUUAACAAAAGAAUCAAAUGUACAAGAGGUCCGCUGUCCUGUUACUGUCUGUGGAGAUGUGCAUGGCCAAUUCCAUGACCUUAUGGAACUCUUCAGAAUUGGUGGGAAAUCACCAGAUACAAACUAUCUAUUCAUGGGUGUCUACGUAGACAGAGGUUAUUAUUCUGUGGAGACUGUGACUCUGCUUGUAGCAUUAAAGGUGCGCUAUCCAGAGCGCAUUACAAUAUUGCGAGGAAAUCAUGAAAGCCGACAGAUCACCCAAGUGUAUGGCUUUUAUGAUGAAUGUCUGCGAAAGUAUGGGAAUGCCAAUGUGUGGAAAUACUUUACAGAUCUCUUCGACUAUCUUACACUUAAAGCUUUAGUGGAUGGACAGAUAUUCUGCCUCCAUGGUGGCCUGUCUCCAUCCAUAGAUACACUGGAUCAUAUAAGAGCCCUGGAUCGUUUACAAGAAGUUCCACAUGAGGGCCCAAUGUGUGAUCUCUUAUGGUCAGAUCCAGAUGACCGUGGUGGAUGGGGCAUUUCACCACGUGGUGCUGGCUAUACCUUUGGACAAGAUAUUUCUGAAACAUUUAACCAUGCCAAUGGUCUCACACUGGUGUCUCGCGCUCACCAGCUUGUAAUGGAAGGUUAUAAUUGGUGCCAUGAUCGGAAUGUGGUUACCAUUUUUAGUGCGCCCAAUUACUGCUACCGCUGUGGAAAUCAGGCUGCUAUCAUGGAAUUAGAUGACACUUUAAAAUAUUCUUUCUUCAGUUUGACCCAGCACCUCGUCGUGGAGAGCCUCAUGUGACCCGGCGUACCCGACUACUUCCUAUAAAUUCCUCCCCAGGGCCUUUCUUUGUAUGUGGAAGUAUACCUGGCUUUUUAAAAUAUAUAUAUACAUAUAUA